CACACACACACGCAUGCAGCCGGUGUCAGUGUGUGUGUCGGUCGCUGCCUGUGGAUGCCAACCGGGAUUAGUGAGCCUUAUUUUCGGUCCAUUUGGAGGUUUUUAAUCCGGGGUUUGGAGCACGAAAGCCCGCAUCAGUGGAGCCGUUCACCCCGCCCUUCGACCUUAUGCUGACCCUCGAGUGAUGUCCCGCCUCCAUCAUCGUCACCACAACCGUCGCCAUGGUCACCCGUCACCACGGUGACCGGACGACCGACAACCUCUCUCUGCUCUCGUCCAAUCGGCGGCGAGGAUGCACGUGAUGGGCAGCGUGUCCCCGGCCAAUGAGAGGGAGGGAUUCGUCCUGGAGGAGGGACUUCCUGAUGGCGAUGGAAAACGAAUGACAGCUCCUCCCCCUCCUCAUAUAGCUCCUCCCCCUCCUCCCCCCCCUCCUCCUCCUCCUCCUCCUCCUCCCCCCCCUCCGCCCCUGCUUCCUGGGCUGGGAGACCCCGCAGGAGGCCUGAAGAAGAAGAAGAGGGUCAGGAGUUUCUUCUGGAAAACCAUACCAGAAGAUCAGGUGAAGGGGCGGAGCAACCUGUGGACUCAGCGUCGGGUGCAGCAGCAGUACCAGAUCGACGUGCAGACCAUCGAGGAUCUGUUUGGUCAGAACGACCGCCAAUCAAACGGGAAAGACCCGCCCACAAGGGGGGGGAGGACCAGGGGCUCCUUCAGGGAGGCCAGAGAGGAGGUCUCCAUUCUGGACUCUAAGAGAGGGAUGAACAUCGGGAUUUUCCUCAAACAGUUCAAGAGGACCAAUCAGGCGAUAGUGGAGGACAUUCACCAUGGCAACAGUGAGCGUUUGGGGGCGGGGCCUUUGAGGGAGCUGAUGAAGCUGCUGCCGGAGAAAGAGGAAGUGGAGAAGCUCCGGGGUUACCAUGGAGACGUAUCUAAGCUCUCAUUGGCCGAUUCCUUCGUGCACCUGCUGAUACAGCUGCCCAGUUACUCGCUGCGUAUCGAGUCUCUUCUGCUGAAAGAAGAGUUUCCUGCCGCGUGUGAAGCCAUGACGAGAGACUUGAAGACGCUGCGCUCUGCAACCAGAGAGUUGAUGUGCUGUGAGGAGCUUCAUGCUGUUCUGCACCUGGUGCUUCAGGCCGGGAACAUCCUGAACGCUGGAGGCUAUGCAGGGAACGCUGUGGGCUUCAAGCUGUCGUCUCUCCUCUCUCUGGCCGACACCAAGGCCAACAAACCGGGCAUGAACCUGCUGCACUUCGUGGCUCUGGAAGCUCAGAAGAAAGACACGAAGCUGUUGGAGUUUCCUCAGAAGUUGCCUCACGUCCAGCCUGCAGCCAGGAUCUCGUUGGAGACGCUGGACGCCGAGCUGCAGUUUCAGACGUCUCGAACUCGAUCAGUGGAGGAAAACAUCGAGAGAGACACACACCUUCUGAAGCAGCUAGACAGCUUCCUGCAGUCCUCCUCCUCCUCUCUCUCCUCUCUUCAGAUCACUCGUCAGCAGCUGAAACAGGAAGGCUCUGAUUUGCUGGAUUUCUUCUGUGAAGACAGAGAAACGUUCCGAUUGGACGACUGCUUCAACAUCUUCAACUCCUUCUGCUGCCGCUUCACUCAGGCUGCCAAGGAGAACGCAGAGCGGGAAUCGAAGGAGGCGUCGCGGCGUCGGCGUCUUCAGGAUCUGGAAGAGCAGAAGAGACACUCCUGGGCCGGGGGGGAGGAGGUCGGUGGAGCGUUCAGGUUGCGCUGCAGCAGCGAGACGGACAUGUCCUCCGCCGUGUCGCGCCACGACGACGCCGGGCUGCUAUUGGACCUCCUGACCCUGAGGUCCCGCCCCCGCUCGCCCCUCAACAACUCCCACAAUGCUUUGGGGCGUUCGGGAAGCUUACGACGCUCCAGAAACUCUCCGUCCAGUUCGCCUUUUCUCACUGCAGACCGCGAGCUUAGCACGUUACUCGGGAUGAACAAUGAACGCAAAGAGGCAGCUUUUCCAUCAGUUUUCCCCGAAAUUAGAAGUCCAGGACCCUUCCCCCAAAACCAGCAGCCUCAAGCGGGGAAACCGCAAACCGCCUCCUCGCCUCCGAAAAGUGCACAAAACGCCAACCAUACAACCGCCAAUUACCUCAGCUUUAAUGCUACCCAGACUCGGGUAAACAAAGUCGAAUCUACCUCCGAUCCGAACCAGCAAUCCGACCACAACAACAACAACGGCAAACAUCGACAAGAACUUGGGGCGCAUUCGGACUUUCGUGGUGGUUUUGAAGGGGAACUUGCAAAGAACGAACUGGAUUUUCCUGAUCGCAGUGACGAGAAGUUUGAACGCUCUUUGGCAAACAUGUCUGUUGUUUUAGAGAAAUGCAAAUUGGUGCCUGAACUGAGAGUGUUUGACACGGGUACCCAAAACACCACGAGUGGCGUCCAGGAUGAUGUGUUCCCAGACCAGAAGAACUCCCAGAAACUGGAAAAUUCUUCGUUACAAAGAGAGGAAGAGGAGGGUCGAGAGGAUACGGUGGUGGUUUGGUGCGUGACGGGUGUUUGUGAGGCGGCCGAUGAACCAACCAACGCUGAAAACGCACAAACGGAUCAAUCUAGAAGCGACAAACAACCUUCUUCUUACCCAGCCAAUCGAACGCCUUCUGAAGCUCAGUCGGCCAAUGAGAAGCCAGUGCCUGAACCCAUCAGCAGCCAACCGGUGCCUGCCUCACAUCCGGCCUCUUCCCCUAGGUGGCGCCCAACAGAUAGCGCCACCAAUAAAGUGCCUGCUAUCGAAGAAGUAGCCAACGAGAAGAGAAAAGUGGAGUCAAAGGCAAAGUCAGGAAAGGCAGAAUCGGGAAAUUAUUCAUCCAAUAAGAACCUCCCUACCUCUAAAACUCGACCAAUUGGGAUCAAACAAACCACAAACUCCAACAAAUCUAAUCCGGUUCGAACCCUCACGAACUCCGAGAACUUCAGCAUGAGACGAGUUGUGCCGAUCUCAAGGACCAAGCGCCAAGAGAAACCGUCCAGUUUGACCAAUCUCAAAAGCUCUUCUUUCUGGAAACCAUUGACCGCGCCUUCUUCCCGUCGGACGAGCGUUGAUCAAAAAGACCAGAAAGACCAGAAGGUUUCUCGAGAUCUUCAGAACCAGGACUUGCAAAGGAAACCGUCCAAUUUGACCAACAUAAAAAGCUCUUCUUUCCGGAAACCAUCGACCGCGCCUUCAUCCCGCCGAACGAGCGUUGACCACAAAGACCACAAAGACCACAAAGACCACAAAGACCACAAAGACCACAAAGACCACAAGGACCACAAAGACCACAAGGACCACAAAGUUUCCAGAGACCCCCAGAACCAGAACUUGCAAAUAAAGCAACCGUCCAUCCGAAAACCAUUGGCUAAACCCAAAGCACCUCCAGAAGAAAAGAUGUGUCGCUCAACUCUUCGAGCGCUUUCUCAAGCAAGUGGUAGCAUCAGUGCUCCGGUUACUCCUUUGCACAAACCCGCUACUUCUUCUUCUACUUCUUCGUCGCCGUUUCCAGGAUUUACUCGAAACACCGCCUCCUCUUCCUUCAGACAAACACCGUCUCCAUCGCCUUUCUCUAGAACUGGAUCUUUAAGAGUUUCCGUCACUUCUGGAUCCUCAGAUUCCCUCAAACCGUCCUCCUCUUCGUCCCCUUUAAAGAGGUUUCAGAGCAUCAGAGCGCCAAUUCGCGACUCAGUAUCGCCCCCUAAAGGCCAUCGGAGGAAUGACAGCGGCACUUUCUCCGAGAAGUCGACGUACUCAAGAGACUCGGGAAAAUCCAGCAAACCGACCUGGAGAUAACAUAUGCUAAUAAUAGGAGUCAGAAGUGGCUACGUUCACAUGCACAAUAAUAUUUCAAAAUUCAAAAAACGACAAUAUUCAGAAUUGGAUACGAUGAAGGUGAAUAGGGUAAAAAUGUAACUUUUAGAUAUCAGCAUGAAACUUCCCUGGUUGGUUACUUACAUUAAGGAUAUCAUUUUUUGUAUUACAAGUUUUCUGAAAUUUGAUAUUUGAAUAUGCAAAUGAGGCAUUCACUCGUAAAAUAUGGGCUUAUUUCAUACAUUCCCAGAACAGAAAUGUGAGCAUCGGAUAAAGUGGGGUUCAAAUUUCCUGUUUCAUUUUGUCGACAUAUUAGAGUCAAUGGAUUUAACCGAGGGAGUCUCUUUGUAUCACUAAACAAUUUGAAAACCCUGCAGUAAAAGUGCAUUUUCUGCAUGUUUUUAGUGAUAAAGUGUGUGUGAAUGGUGUGUAAACGAUGGCCUCUUUAAAAAAAAUCAGAAAACAGAGAGGAGAACAUCUCUUUUGGAGAAAGGAAAUUGGAGGUAAAGAAAUGUGAGCAAAGUCUGAGAGAGAAAAAGUCUUAAAAAUCGGACAAAACUUAAAAUAUUUAGACACGUUUUUUUCUCACAUUUGUAUUAAUUUCAUAGAAAAAGUUGAAAUAUUUGGUCCUAAUAAUUCAGCGGGAAGAUUCAAAGGCAAGUCGAACGUUUCAGAUAAAGAAAUUCAAUAUAAUUCAAGAAAAAAAGUCCAAGUCUGGAGUAUUUUGUGUAUGUCAACAAAGCCACUUCUUCUGUCCUUGGUUACAAACACAAACACCAAUAAUGCUGCAUAAAUUAUCCUUUUUAUACAACAAUUAUUAAAAAACAACCAGCCACAUAACCACUCAUUUCUCCAGGGGAAUAUUAAGGAAUGGAAAUAAAUGUCUGCAUCCAUAAAUAUAUAAUGAGAUUUAAAACGUUUCUGGUGACUGAAUCCCAGCUGUGUUUCGUCCUGAUUAAAACCCCUUACUUUAACGUCUUAAACUUGGAUUAUGCACUUUUAACUUCACUAACCCAGAUCAGAAAUCUGUGUAAAUGUGGCCUGAUUUAAAUAGUAAGCGUAUUUUAAUUAAAUUAAAAUGUUAAAUCACUGAAAAUCAUGAAGGGGAUAUUUAAUGUUCCUCCGACAGUGUCUGGGAUAAGUGCCAAGUUUGUUUAUAUGAUGAUAUUUGUAUGUUUAUGUUCCUAUUUAUGUACGUAUGAAGCUGAAAUAUAUAUAAAUAUAUCAUCUAUGUACUAAUUAAUAAAGUGUUAUUC